UUGUUCGAUGUUAUGGUUUAACGCAAAAUCCAUCAAAUGGAAAUUAUAUGCUUGUAAUGGGGAAAAUGGAUAUAGAUUUAAGAAAAUAUUUACAACAAAAUCAUAAUCAACUUACAUGGAAAGAUAGAAUGAAAAUCAUUAAUGUAAUAAUUCGUUCACUUUAUUAUAUUCAUAAAGAGAAAGCUAUACAUAGAGAUUUACAUUCCGGAAAUAUAUUAUAUUCACAGUUAAAUGAUCAUUGGUAUAUUAGUGACCUUGGAUUUUGUGGACCUGCUGAUAAAUUUUCAACAAGUAUAUAUGGAAUUCUUCCUUAUAUUUCUCCUGAAGUUAUUGUUGGAAUAGAUUAUACUUUUGCAUCUGAUAUUUAUAGUAUUGCAAUUCUUAUGUGGGAAAUUUCAUCUGGACAAACACCAUUAAUAAAUUAUGAACAUGAAAAUGAUAUUGUAAUGAAUAUUAUUAACGGUAUAAGGCCAAAAAUUGUGCCAGGAACUCCAUUAGAAUAUAAAAAUUUAAUGAAAGAAUGUUGGGAUGCUGAUCCAUUAAAAAGACCUAACGCUUUUGCACUUGGGAAAAGAAUGGAAAAAAUUAAUUUAUAUUAUCAAAAUAUGUCAGAUAAAUUAUUCAAAUCAGAAAUGGAUAAUUUAGAAAUGAAUAAAGUAGAAGAAAAUUAUACGAGUAGCAGAUUAUACAACUUUGGAAAUUUACCUGAACCAAGAAAUGCAACAGAAGUUAACGACUUUAAUAAAUCAAAUGAGCAGAAUAGUAGCAAAUCAUCAAAAGUAAUUGCUAUUUUUAGAGAUAAAACUCAAAAAUAUGUCGAUGGUAGGUGAACGAAGUAUAUAAUAAUCCAAACUUUCAUUCAAAAGAACAAGAUGAACUGGAAAUUCCUGAUGGUAAGCUCUUAAA